ACUCUCUUGAAGUUUGGUCGAAGGUUUUGCGAAGUACCGAGGUGCCGGGAUUACGGAGGAGAGAGAUUUCUCUGUUACAAUGAGUGAGAUUUGGGAGCUCUUGCCCCUGAAUUCAUGCCCUGGUCACCAAAGCGGGUCGGCUGGCUCCGAUCCGUAAGCGGCCGCCUUUCUACAGCCAUUUGUCCGCGCGGUUCGGAUUUUGUUUCUUUGUAAGAUGUUCACGUAAAGGCGAAAGUGGCGACUUCCUUACAAGGAGCGCGGCUGCGAUUCAAAACUACGGCACCCUGGACAAUGCUGGCAAACACCCUUCUUGCAGCCUGGGACUCUGAGCCCAGCGGGACGGGCACUGUCUGAGGUGGGGUGGGGGUGGGAGUUGUGUUGAACUCAAGGCAGGUGAAAGUUGACAUGAUUUAAACGGGGAAAUAAUGUCCUCGAUGUUUGGGAAAGUCCGAGUGGUCACUUUGCCCGCCGCGCAAGAACGGGACCGGGAGCGGGACCGCGUUGCCCAGCCACUCACUCCGGAAUGUAGCAUCGUGAUCCUGGGCUGCGCUGGAUCGGGGAAAUCCGCUCUGACCGUGAAGUUUCUCACUAAACGAUUCAUAAGCGAGUAUGAUCCGUUUUUGGAGGAUACCUACAGUACUGAAGAAAUUGUGGAUCACCAGUCGGUUCUCUUAAAAAUAAUGGAUACAGCUGAUCAGGACAAACCAAUGAACCCUGAACGUUACCUGAACUGGGCAAAUGCAUUCAUCGUCGUCUACAGCAUCGAUAACCGGAAGAGCUUUGAAGGAUGCCUGGAUUAUCUGGAAAUCAUUUCUAGCCAUGCCAAAGGACUCCCACAUGACUAUCCGAUUAUCCUGCUGGGUAAUAAGCUGGACAUGGAGAGGUACAGACAAGUAAGCAAAUCUGAUGGACUCUCGUUGGCCUCCAAAUAUAACUGCUCCUUUUACGAAGUCUCUGCCUGCUUGGACUUUGAGCCUGUACAACAUGUGUUCCAUGAGUUAGUGCGCGAGGUGAGACGAGAGAUGGAGCGCCACCUUCCUGUCAGACCGCUCUUCAUUUCUGAGGAAAGGCCUGUGCUGGGAAUUCCCCACCCCCCUGCUUUUGCCCAUGCUGUUAAGCACCACCCACCGGCGUUUGGAACCCAGCGUCUCUCCACUGCCACCUACAAGGAAAUUCCCACCAUCACUUCAGCCAAACUUGUCACCGUGAAGUCGGCAAGAGCUCAAAGCAAGCGGAGGACUCCCACGCUAACCUUGCUUAAAGGAUUCAAGAUAUUUUAAAAAUGUUAACCAUCACAUUGAAUAAUAAAACUCAAUGUAGCCAGCUCUUACCAACUAGGUAGGCCAUAUAUCUUGUUCUAAGGAUAGUGUAUGUGGAACUAAAACCAUCACAAACCUUUAUGAUAUUAACCAAAUUAAGAGUGCACCAGUCAUCUGGCAUUGAUGUCACCUUGGGUUCAGGUUUUAUGGAUUCAAAAAUGAGUAAAUCGCCCACGAUGGUCCCUUUUUGAUGGUUGCCAGUGCUUUCAGGAAAAAAUAAUCAGAGUGAACAGGGGUUUUUACGUUCUUCGCAUGACCACGUGAGUUUUCUCCAAGUGCUCCGGUUUCCUCCCACAUUCCAAAGAUGUAGUGGUUAGAAAGUUAAUUUUUUUUGUUCCUGUCCGCGCCUUGUGCAACGGCUGGCAACCAUGCUGUUUCUUUAGCGUUCGUCUGUUUUUUACGAGGCCGAGUUUCUAGUUUAAUGCUCAACCCAGCACGGAUGGAAAGUGCGCGAGGAGCUGGCCGGUUUCAAACCCGGGACCACUCGCCUUGAAGUCCAGUGCGGAUGCCACUACCCCGCCAGCUGGCACAGUGGGUUAAUUGGUCAUUGUAAAUUGUCCCGUGCUUGGGCGAGGGUUGAGUGGGUGGACUGCCGGGUUGGGCCUGUUUCGGGUUUAUAGACAGCGGCGGUUGUAGAACCUGCGGCAGGAAUUCACUCCGUAAACUAAAGAAUGUGGCAUCUUCCCAACAAUCGGAAGAAAAUAGCACUGUGUAGACAGGAGACAAUAGGGGAAGUCAAGUCAUCUGAGAUGUAAACAUGACUGUGGUAAUAAGGACAGUGGAGCGAACAAGCUUGUCAAUGAUCGGCAUUGAAAAUCAUAUUUAUUUUUCAAAAUUUGUCAUUCACAAAAAAAUCAAAUUUUUCUGCUUUAAUAAUAAAGAAGAUACACAGAAGCUCAAUAAAUUCACAAAUGCAACCAUUAUAGAUGUGUGUCAGGUUCUGAACUGUGCGUUUUGUUUGUUGCUGAAGAUGGACUGAAGUCAGUGUUGCUAACAUCCUGUGAUGGUGCUGUGAGCAAUUUUAUUGAACCAGUGAAGACCUUGUGGUGAGUGUAGUCCCACCAUGCUGGUAGGAAGGAAGUUCCAGAAUGAUGAUCCUGCAAAGGUGAAGGGCCAGUGACAUACUAAUAAACACAAGAAGUUCUGCAGAUGCUGGAAGUCCAAAGCAACACACACAAAAGGCUGGGAAAACUCUGAAGAGGAAUAAACAGUUGAUGUUUCGGGCUGAGUCCCUUCAUUAUUGUGUUGCCAAUGGAAUAAUCCCAAGUCAGGGGUUUACGUAAUUUGGCAAAGAAAUUGGAGUUAAACAUUUGGAAGAGUGCUUAUGGAUUUCCCAGUGGACACGUACUUACAGAACAACACGGUUCAUAAUUUGAAUACUAAUAAGUAACAAACUCACUUCAAGAUCAGACAGCCAUUCAGAGAAAAGAAUUAUUCAUGUUCUUACAAUACUGGGUUGUUAUUUUGGAUUUGACAACUUCAUUUAACAUGAUAUUUUUACUUGCAUACUCAUAACCAGUGUUGAUUUUGAAGUUAGAAUUCGGGUAUCCUUUGUCAAACAAACAAGGCAAUUAACCAAUAACAAUAUAUCAACCUGUAAUUCCCACUAAGUAGUUUGCACUGUUGCUAUGGUAUUCUAUGUGUUGCACCAGAUGUCUGCUAACUAUGUUUCACCCAUAAAGUGAAACAGCACAAUCUUUCCUUCAAAAAUUUUUUUUUGUUCCUUUCUGCAUCUUCUGGUGUAUCGUCAGCACCUUUUCCAUUUCUUUAGCAUUUUUGUCUGUUGAGGCCAAGUUGCUAACUCAUCACUCAACCCAGCAAAGAUGGAAAGUGUGCAAGGCCGGCCAGAUUCGAAUCCAGGACCACUCACCUCCAAGUCCAGUGCAGAAGCCACUACACCACCGGCUGGCUAUCAUAUAUUUUGUUAACAGUAUAUUUGAAUAUAGUUUCUGAAUGGUAGAACAACUAUAUUUCAAAAGUUCUCUUCAAUUGCUCUUUGACUGAUAUGAGAGAGAAACUAAAUUUUGUUUGGAUUAAUAAAC